GUUUCUUCUCCAUCCCCAUGAACAUACAAAGGUCAACCCCAAUCACGAUAGCGCGGUAUGGAAGACCUCGGAAUAAAACCCAAGAUCUAGAGGAGCUCUCGUCUAUAAGACAGACUGAAUCCAGCCAGAGUUUUAGCCCCAAUCUCGGCUCGCCGAGCCCGCCAGAGACUCCGAACUUGUCGCAUUGCGUUUCUUGCAUUGGGAAAUACUUAUUGCUGGAGCCUCUGGAAGGAGACCACAUUUUCCGGGCCGUGCAUCUGCACAGCGAGGAGGAGCUGGUUUGCAAGGUGUUCGACGUUGGCUGCUACCAAGAUUUACUGGCGCCAUGUUUUUGCAUGCCUCCUCAUGACAACAUCAACCAAAUUACCGAAGUCAUUCUUGGAGAGACGAAAGCUUACGUGUUCUUUGAGCGGAGCUAUGGGGACAUGCAUUCCUUUGUUCGUACCUGCAAGAAGCUGAAGGAGGAAGAGGCAGCCAAGCUGUUCUAUCAGAUAGCCUCCGCCGUAGCACACUGUCAUGAUGGCGGGCUGGUCCUGAGGGAUCUCAAGCUGCGGAAAUUCAUUUUCAAGGAUGAAGAAAGGUCAAGAGUAAAACUGGAGAGCCUUGAAGAUGCUUACAUAUUGAGAGGAAAUGACGACUCCCUUUCUGACAAGCACGGAUGUCCAGCCUACGUGAGCCCAGAAAUCCUGAACACAAAUGGCAGCUACUCCGGCAAAGCAGCGGACGUGUGGAGUCUAGGCGUCAUGCUGUACACAAUGCUAGUUGGACGCUAUCCAUUUCAUGACAUUGAACCGAGUUCUCUCUUCAGUAAAAUCCGCCGUGGGCAGUUCAGCAUUCCAGAGACUUUGUCCCCCAAGGCGAAAUGCCUUAUACGUAGCAUCCUGCGCCGAGAGCCCUCAGAGAGGCUGACUUCGCAGGAAAUUCUGGACCACCCUUGGUUUUCCACAGAUUUUAAUGUGUGUAAUUCAGGAUAUGGUGCUAAGGAAGUAACAGAUCAGCUGGUGCCUGAUGUUAACAUGGAAGAGGAUUCUGAUCCAUUCUUUAACUAAGUGUCAGGACUGAUAAGGGUAAUGCAUGGUCCAGAAAGGACAACGUGAAGGGAGACCUUUCUGAAAAUGCAGAAUUAUAUCUCUGUCUCAUCCUGGCUUGAUAGCAAAAAAAAGGACCCAC